AUGUCCAAUCAGCUGAGCUUGGCGAGAUUCGCCUUCAAUAUCUACGGCUCGUUGAACCAGGCAGAGCUGCCUCGCCAGAAAACACCCGACCUGCUGAGGCUGAAGCUGCUGAAGAAGUUCACCUACUCGUGUGAACGAGAGAUUACCUACGUAUCGCAGCUUCGACACCCUUUGGGACGCAUAAACACCUCGUACUACGACGCGUCGUCGCCAGUACCUUCUCAUCAUGUUGUCAUUGGCGGCAAAAACUACCUCAAGUUGUUGGCUCUCAAUGCCGACCAGAACCUGGUGCUAGCAGAUAUCAACAUCGUCGACCCAACGCCGCUGAAGAGAUUCCAUUCUUCUCCAAGAUUGUUCAAUGUUAACACAUUGAAGUGCAACGGCGACAUGGUGGCUUGUGGGUUGACAGAUGGCACUGUUAGCAUCUUUCAGGUUUCUGCUGCCGGGAAGGCCAGGUUGGCUCACAAAUUCAGCGACCACAAGCGUGUGAUCAACUCACUUGAUUUCGUGGAGCUGGACCAAAUCUUGCUAUCGGGCUCGCAGGACGGCACCAUCAAGCUUUGGGAUCUCCGCACGUAUAAUCAGAAGCCAGUGCUCAAGCUACGAUCUUCCCAGCAUUCGGACCCGGUGAGGGCUUGUCAGUACUCUCCCUAUUCUCGUUCAAGGGGUCGCAUGACGGUGCUUUCCGCUCAUGACUCAGGUUCGCUUUGCAAAUUUGAUUUCAGAUACCCUGCCAACACUUCUCUGGGAGCUCUUACUGAACGGAAGUGGACAUUCCACACUGGCCCAGCAUUAUCUCUUCAUAUUCAUCCCGAACGCGAAUAUGUUCUUACUGGUGGUAGAGAUCGCAAGAUAUGUCUUUGGGAUUAUGAAGACUCAGCUGCUCAUCACUCCGUUUCACCAAAAGUCAUUAUGAACGCAUAUGGGCCGGUCAUGAAGGUGAGAUGGUCCGAUAUACCUGACACGGAUCAAGGGGGUUUUCAAGCAAGCAGCGCAUCAAGCUCAAGGCACAACUCACUUGAUUUCUCCGAGGACAGCUCUGCCUCAUCUGCAUUGCACAAAUACGAUUUCGCUUGUUCCUACUUAAAUGAUGACCCAACAAUUACGGUGUUCAACCUAAAGCGAAAGUUCAUUCCAAAAGAGGUCGUGACAACAUCUACGGGUAAACCAGUACAAAACUUCAUCUGGGCACACAACUUCCAAAACGAGAGAAAGCUAUGGACCAUAACCAAGUCGAAUGUCUUUGUGUCAUACAAUCUCACUAGGUAUGAAGACGAAGGCUUGAACAUAUCUCGACCUUUGGAAGAGCUUACCAGCGUUGCCACUGCUUGGAGCCCCGGAUAUACCAACAUCUCAUUCACUAAUCAAGACAAAAACGAUUUUAAUAUUGAUAGUCUCGAUGGAACCCUAAAUAAUGAAGUUGAAUAUCUGGAUACAUCUCCCUAUACCGAUGAUCAGAUAAUUGAGGAGGCCCUAAUUGAGAAGGAUCUUGAACAUCAGUCCUCAUCAGUUUCACUCGAUUCAAAAUAUAGAGGUUCCGUCACAUCUAUUCCAAAUGCAUCGAAUUUUAUUUUCCAAAAAUCUCCGAAAGACAGGCCUCUGCUUGUUAGGCUGUCGACAUACAAUCCAUCGAGCCCUAUGUUCAAGUCACCAUCACCAAAUUUUCAUUCACAUUUCAAUCAACACAUGGAACCAAGCGAAACAUAUAGCUCUACGCAUACAGCAACAAAUUCGAUGCAUUUGUCGAGACCUUCACUCACUAGGAACCCUUCACAGUCGACUCAAGGCUCAGGUUCUCUGUCCUUAUUUCAACCUCCUUCAUUGUUGCAUUCUGCACUGCAAAAUAAAAAAGUAGGGCAGCUUUCAAUUUUACCUUCCCCUUACUUUGUCUCCGUUUGUCUUCCCAUUCCCCUAAAUGAUGAGUACGUCUUUGAAUAUCUUGCUUGUGAGUAUUACCACACUGUUCCAGAUGGUUCUUCCUUGGCGAUGGUUUGUCAACUUAACGCUCAGAUAGCGGCCAUGGUUCAACGCUACAGAGAUUGCCAGGUUUGGCGCAUGCUAGGAAUCUCUUUGGAGCAAAAUGAAUCAGAUGCAUCUCUUGGCGAGAACGCUCUAGAUAAGGAAGUCACUGAGUUAAAACCCGACUUCAUAGACACUAAAUUUCCUGAUCUACAAAAAUCUCCCGAGGAGGCCUCCAUAAACUCAGACUUGGGAAACAUAUGUGGUUCCUACGAUCUGAACUCAACCCAAUCAACUCAUUUCAAAAGAAGCGAAAGUGGUGCAUCUGUUCAUAAUAUGGCUAUUCUCAGCUCUUCUAAAGAAUCAACCUCUGAAUUUGGGGGCAUUUCGCCAAGAAAUCCUCAUCCUUCCAAAGUCAAUUCUUCAAAUGACGAUGAGUCUGAUGAAGCAGCCCACAAGGAAGAGCAACUGCUUGAGAAAAAGGGCGAGAAGCAGGAAUCUAAAAAGAAGCUCUCAGCAGACGAGACCAAAGCAAGACCAAGCUCACUACCUCGAAGAUCAACGUCUUCCGACAUUGUCAAAAAUUCGACUACUAAGAAGGCCCCUGUUAGGAAAACUAGCUAUAGUGCAUUCUCGUCUGGCAAUUCUCCCCGCCCUACAGGCAUGUCUUUUGGGCCAUCUCAUGAUAUAGACAAUGAGAAUCUCCAUGUUUUCAGCGCAAAUUCAUACAGCUCGUCCGGAUAUCAGGCCUCUGAUGGAAGAUACAGCAGUAGCGCACAUACGAUGAACUCAAGAGGUAGGCUCUCAUUUUCUUCAGUGAGAGCAUCUCCAGUGCAUCCUCAUCACGGCUUCAAACCUCGUUCUGCUGAUGGGUAUAAAGGGGCCAACACACUCGUCGCACAGCCAUCUUUGGACAAAGUGGAAGAGUCCAGCGUUAAAAGCUCAGGUAAGAAGGAGUCAGGGCUCACAAAAGCCAUUCAAGAGAGUGAGCUUGCCCUAAAAGACCAAGUUAGAGAAGAGGAACCAGACAAGCCUUGGAGUUUGGUCAACUUGCUUGAGAAGGCCCUCGUUUUCGCUAGAGAUCAGGGCGACUUAGUGUUGUGUUCUACUUUGAUUUUGUUAUUUUAUGGGCAUCUCAAAUCGUUUGAGCACAAAGUGAUGAAUAGAAUUGCCUGCUUGGAAUGUCUUGGUCUCUACGUCGAGUCGCUUAAAAGAAAAGAGCUCUUUACUGAAGCCACAGACGUUGUGAAGAGAGCUCCCAUCGGCUUACGAGAGGACCUCAGCUUACACGCGAGUAAAGAUGUUGAUAUGCGAUUCUAUUGCUGCUGGUGCAAAAAGCUACUCACCAAUGAACGAACCAAAAACAUGUAUAUCGGAGAUCACCCCGACAGGUUUGGAUAUUGGUAUUGCGACGAAUGUUGCCGUAAGCAGCUAAAUUGCGUUUUUUGCAAUGAGCCCUGCAAGGGGCUCACGGUUGUCGUGAGUCUCAAAUGUGGACAUUCGGGCCAUUUUGGAUGUUUGCAGGAGUGGUAUCUUGUGGAGCAGAACCAGGAGUGCCCUGCUGGAUGUGACGAGACAUGA